AUGACACUACCGGUGCCAUAUGGGUGGGACACAUACACCGUGCUGGCAGCCUGGCUGCUGCGAGAGAGGGCCAAGGGCGCUGCGUCCCCCUGGGCGCUCUUCCUGCGCUCGCUGCCCGCCUACGUGCCCCUGCCUGCUCUCUUCCCCCAACAGCUCAUCGACCAGUUUGAGUACUGGCCGAUCGUUGACCAGGCCACGCGUCUCAAGGCAGCAUAUGCGGACCUGUACGAUCGCUGCAACAGCAACCCCACCACCAUCGUCCAUGCCUAUUCCCUCCUUUUUUCCCUCUGCUCCCCAUCUCCCCCCCGCACUCCACCACAGGCCACGCGGCUCAAGGCGGCAUAUGCCGAUCUGUACGACAGAUGCAACAGCAGCAAUCUCGCUGCCAUCGCCAACGCCACUCGCUCCGAGUUCUACUGGGCGCUCACUAUAGUCACAUCGCGCUGCUUCACCUUCUCGCCUUCAAUGCGCGCCCGUGGGGGUGGGGAGGAGCAGCAGGCGGAGGGUGCGGAAGGGGCGGAAGGGGGCAGGGAUGGGAGUGCAGAUGGGGCAGAAGUAGCAGCAAAUGUAGUGGAAGCAGUAGCAACAGAAGAGGCAGGAGGGGAGUCAGAGGAGGGGAGUACUAGCAGCAGCAGCAACAGUGGUGGCAGUGGCAGGAGAGCGGAGGAUUGGUAUGCCACGUCAGCAGCCAUGCUCCCAUUCGCUGAUCUGUUCAACCAUGAUUACUACCCCAACAUGGGGUGGAAGGUGACCACUUUCUUCUUCACGACCUACCAGGCCAUGCGAGCCCCUGAGGCAUUGUCCCAGCCCUUCCUCGCCCUCUCCUCCUGCCCCCUCCCCCGCCCCAUUACCCCCCUUUUCCCUCCGCUCCAGCUCUCAGGCGACCACUUCCUCUUCACGACCUACCAGGCCAUUGAGGAAGGAGAGCCGCUGAGCAUAUCAUACGGAGCCAAGCCCAGCAUUGACAUGGUGGCGGAGUAUGGCUUCGUGCCUUCAUACAACCCUUAUGACACCGUCAUCCUCUUCCCCAGUCACAGCAAGCCCACCAUUGACGUGCUGGCGGAGUAUGGCUUUGUGCCCGCAUACAACCCUUAUGACUCCGUCGAGCUCUUCCCCAGCCCAACGCCCAUGCCCACCAUUGACAUGUUGGCAGAGUAUGGCUUCGUGCCUGCGUACAACCCUCAUGUUACUGUCAUACUACUCCCCAGCAUCCACAUGCUGUCGUUGCACAUCAUGCCCAGCAUCCACAGGCUGUCGUUGCACAUCAUGCCCAGCAUCCACAUGCUGUCGUUGCACAUCAUGCCCAGCAUCCACAUGCUGUCGUUGCACAUCAUGCCCAGCAUCCACAUGCUGUCGUUGCACAUCAUGCCCAGCAUCCACAGACUGUCGUUGCACAUCAUGGCCAGCAUCCACAUGCUGUCGUUGCACAUCAUGCCCAGCAUCCACAUGCUGUCGUUACACAUCAUGCCCAGCAUCCGCAUGCUGUCGUUGCACAUCAUGCCCAGCAUCCACAUGCUGUCGUUGCACAUCAUGCCCAGCAUCCACAUGCUGUCGUUGCACAUCUUGCCCAGCAUCCACAUGCUGUCGUUGCACAUCAUGCCCAGCAUCCACAUGCUGUCCUCUGCUCGUCUGGUGGAGUAUGCAGUGCAACAGACGCACCCCACUCAACCGCACCCCACCCAGUCACACCCUGCUUAUGCAACACUGAGGGGGGCACUGAGGGUUGCGGCGUCGGUGAGGGAGGUGGUGGAGAGGAUGAGAGAGGAGAGGCGGACAGGGGUGCAGAAGGGACAGGGGCGGGCGGAGGAAGAGGGGGAGGGGCAGGAGGCGCAGGGGGAGAGGGGGCAAGGUGGGGACGGAAAAGGGGAGGAGGCGCAGAGGGAGGAGGGGCAGGGGGAGGAAGGGCAAAGGGUUGACACGAGUGGGGAUGGCAGCACGGGUGGGGAGUGGUGGGAGGGGAUGGAGAGCGAGGAGGAUUUUGAGAGCGCAAAGAAGCAGCUGGUGGUGUGGGCGGGCGGGCAUGCGAGCCCUGAGAUGCUGGCCAUGGCUGCUGCUGUGUGGCACUGGAUAGACACAGGCCGAGGUGAGAGUAAGAUUCGAGGGGCCGAGGUGAGAGUUACAUUGGAGGGGUUGAGUGUGGUGGGGCGAGGUGUAGUGGUGGCCACGGUAGCAGGCUGGGCGGGCGGGCAUGUGAACCCUGAGAUUCUGGCCAUGGCUGCUGCUGUGUGGCACUGGAUAGACACAGGCCGAGAGUUGGAUGCGGAACAGCUCGCCACGGCAGCCAUGCAUCUGAGUGCACCCAUCUUGGACAAUGGGAAACCCUUUACUGAUGAUGACUAUGAUGGUGGUGCUGGUGAUGCACAGGCUGCUGACACGUGGCAGCAGCUGGCCCAGUCCACGUCAGCAGACAUCCUAUCCUCCCUGUCAGCAGCAGCAUGCGCAAUCCAGCAGCGGGUGAGAGCCCUAUUGGGCGUGGGGCUGACAGGCGAGGAGAAGAGGCAGGCAGCGAGAGAGGCUUCUGAAGCAGAGUCGAGGCUGUCAGGAGGAUGGUCUUUCUCAACGGAUUACUAUGAGGAUGAGGAUAGGUUGAGGGAGCUGGUGGCGUGUCGAGGGGGCAGGUACAGGAGUGCGAGUGAGAUCCUGGCAGGGGACAGCGGGGAAGCGAGUGGUGAGGAGGAUCGGGGAAGCAGGGAGGGGGAUGCGGACGAGGGCGAGCAAACAGAUGGCUCGGCAGGCGGUUCGGCAGGUGGUUCGGCAAACAAGCCGGUGUGUUCACCUGGUGUGAUGCGGUGGGUGCAUGAGAGGGAGACAGUGCUGCAGUUCCGGAUGGUGAAGAAGUCGAUUCUGAGUGAGGCAGAUGUCGCCAUGGGUGAGUGGUGCCGCAGCAUGGGGCGUGCUGCCAGUUAA